UUGGCGAAGUUUCUUCGAUUUGAGCUUCCGAUUUUGGGGAAGACUGCUUGGACUUCGCCAAUUUUGGGGUCAAGAAGCUAAAAGAAACGAACCCAGUUCGAGAAUUUGCUUUGUUUUCACUCCUUUUCUUUUGGCUUGUUCUCCAAUCUGUGAGGGUGAGCGUUCCGAAACAAGUGUCUCGUUAUCAUGGACUCCCCUAAAUCUGUUGUUUCCCAGUUGAAGAACUCUCCUAUUUUCAAGCCCGAGAAGCAGAAACCGAAUUUCUUCAUCCCGAUCUCUGGUAAUCCACCAAAGGGAAUUGAGGUCAAUAAGAAAGAAGCAGUGAUGUAUAAAUUGGAGGAAAUUGUUGGUGCACUUGAUGUAUGCAUUCAUCAGGCUAGAGAUAUUCAUAAUAUCUGCAUAUACCAAAAGCAAGAUGUUUAUGCUAAGUUUUGUCUGACUACUGAUCCUGAAGAUUCGCUCUCGACCAACAUCAUUAAUGGGGGCGGGAGGAACCCGAUCUUCAAUGAGAAUCUUCGUUUUAAUGUUCGAAGCGUCGAUGCCUCCCUUAAAUGCGAGAUAUGGAUGUUGAGCAGAAUGAGAAACUAUCUGGAAGACCAAUUGUUGGGGUUUACCUUGGUGCCAUUGUCUGAAGUUCUUAUAAAUGAUGGAAAGUUAGAGAAAGAGUUUUCCUUAUCUUCUACCAAUUUGUUCCAUUCUAGUGCAGGGUUUGUUAAACUAACCCUCGAGUACAAUGGAGCCGCGCCCGAUGUAAUGGUUGUUCCUAAAGCUGCCUUUUCCGAAAUAUCCGAGUCGCUAGCUAGUGAUUUGGAUAGGAUAGAGUUUCCUGACCCUAAAAUCAUAAAGGAAGACGAGAUGAUGGUGUCGGAGUAUUUCGGCAUCCUGUGCUCUAAUCCAGAGUCCGAGCGCUCUGAGAGCCUAGCCACUUCUGGCACAGAAGAUCAUCUUAGUUCAGAAAUAGGUGCACAUAAUAUGGAAAGCUUCUCUACGGCUUCGGUCGAGUCUGUCCAGCUGCCAAGGCUCAAUUUUGCACCUAGCAGCCUGUCAACUAAUGGACCGACAAGCUCAGAAUCGUCGGAUGCUUCUGAAGCUUCGAAACCUCGAACUCACGAACCAAAUGAAAAGGAGAAGCAUGUGGACAUUAAGAAUGGGGAGGCUGAUUCCUCUGUUGAGGUACUCUCAAAGCCUAUUAUCACUCUGACCAUAGAGCCAGAACAUAAUGUAGUGCAGCAGGACAUUGUUGAUAUGUAUAUGAAAAGCAUGGAGCAAUUUACAGAGUCAUUGGCAAAGAUGAAACUUCCACUUGACGGCGAUAAUGGACCGACUAGUUCAGAAAAUUCAAGCGUUGAUCCGAAAACUCCGAACGAUAAUGCACGAGUGUUCUAUGGAAGCAGGGCUUUCUUCUAAACUGUGGUUUGUACAUUUCAGGCGACGACACACAGAUAACGCUAUAACUAUCAUUAGUGUAAUGUAAUAAUGUUUCUCUGUAUCAUAGUAAGUCAUGACUUCUACACCUUACAAGCUUCGUUCUAUCAUAUUCGUCGGUGUAAGCAUGAACAAAUUAUUAUCCUUCGUUGUAACGAUUAACUUUAUAAUGCAUAUUAACAUCAUAUUAGUGCA